AAAGUUUACAACUUUAACUUCCCAACACGUACGUUUGUAUGAUUAUCUAUUUAUAUAUAUAAUUUUGUUUAAUAUAAAAUAUGAGUCGUCAAAGAAAAAGAGAUUGAGUCUGGUUUACGCCAAACGGGUCGUCGUCUCUAACCCCUCUCUCUCUCUCUCUCUCUCUCGCCUGUCUCCCCGUUUCUCUCACUAAGCUCCCAACAGCAGCGCGCUAUAAAAGAACCCACACUUUCCCUCUUCACCACCCACCACGCUUUCGCCUCUGUUUCUCUAUCUCCCCUGUUCCUUCCAUGCAUUACCAGGGCUGAACCAGUCCGAGUCCAAUAACAAUUUCUGAGUUACGGGUUCAGUUGCUGAGUUGGGGGGGUGAGUUCGGGACUCGAGGGGUCUGGUUUUGGUUGUGGUGUAAUGGAGAAGGUGAGUUUCGUGAAGAACGGAGUGGUGAGGCUGCCUCCCGGGUUCCGGUUCCAUCCAACGGACGAAGAGCUCGUGGUUCAGUACCUCAGGCGCAAGGUGUUCUGUUUCCCCCUCCCUGCUUCAAUAAUCCCUGAAGUCGACCUCUGCAAGUCUGAUCCUUGGGAUUUGCCUGGGGAUAGGGAGCAGGAGAGGUACUUUUUCAGCACCAGGGAAGCAAAGUACCCAAACGGGAACAGAUCGAACAGAGCGACGUGCUCAGGGUACUGGAAGGCGACGGGAAUAGACAAGCCAAUAGUGUGUUCAAGGAGCAUUAAUAUUAAUAAUCAAGUGGUAGGGAUGAAGAAGACGCUCGUGUUUUACAGAGGAAAGCCUCCACACGGCUCCAGAACGGAUUGGAUCAUGCAUGAGUAUCGCCUUUCCUCUGCUGCUCAAGCUACUCCACCCUUUUCUCCUGCCUUCCAAACCAAACACUCCAACUCUGCCCAGAACUCAGCGCAAGUCCAAAUGGAGAAUUGGGUGCUGUGCAGAAUCUUUCUGAAGAAAAGAAGUACCAAGAAUGAGGAAGAAAUCACAGAGCCCAAGGAUGAUCACAACAAGAACAAUAAUAAUGGGACUCGCAGAAUCACAACUAAGCCAGUUUUCUACGAUUUCAUGACCAGAGACAGAACGACUGCUUUGUCUCUGCCCCCUUCCUCGUCGUCCUCCUCCUCCUCUGCAUCCAGCGGCGUCACAGAAAUCUCAGGCAAUGAAUCAGAAGAGCACGAAGAGAGCAGCACCAGCACCUGCAACAGCUUUUCCUCAGCUUUCAGAAGAUCAAAACCUUAACAACCACGAACAAUCAAUCAACCAAUCAAAUCGCCCAAAUUAGAAUAACAGGGUCGAGGAAUCCAAUGUUUGAUUGAUCACGAAAACGAGGAGGUGUUUAAAUUAUUAUUUUUUUGGGGUUAAGAUGGGCAUGGCGACUCUGUUGCUGGAAAUUUGGAGAGUAACAGAUGAUCAUGGAAUUAGCGGAUCUAUGCAUGUUGUUGUACUAGCAUGUAAUCAAUUAAAUCCCAAAAUUUUCAUAA